CCUCUCAAUAGUAUAGGAUGGUUGAUCAUGAUCCAUUCCUUCAGAUUCAUGAUUAUAUGGAUACAAACUCCAGUAGUUAUCCACAACAGAUUUAUUAUUUCGAGGCAAAGAAUGUGAUUGAGAAUUUAAUUCCUGGAACUUGUGUUUCUUUUCUUGGUUUAAGUUUUUUAAUCUCCCGAGAACCCUUGAUCUGUGGUCCGACUAAAUCAGAGUUCUGGCGAGGAAUUAUUCAUCUGUUCUUAACCUCAGCUUCUGUUCUAGCCACAGUGCUCAUAUAUCAUUUCACUACCAGUACUACUCAUCCUGACAUUGUCUCUGGCGGCCUAGGCGGGAAUAUAUCCGAUUAUAUAUCCAUAAAAACAGAUUUGGAGAUAAUAAGUUCUCCGGGUUCUUUAUCAACCUGUAGUUUAGCAGCACUACUUACCUUCUACUUUACAGUUUGCCUUCAUUCAUUUUCAAUCAUUUUCAAAUCUAGUCUACCUGGUCUACCCUCCAGAUACCUUCUUGCUCUUGCUCUGACAGUUCUAACCAUAAUCUCUACCUCCAUGACCACGGAUUCUGGAGAACAAAUCCACGAAAUCAAAAAUGGCGCCGCUCAUUCAGCUGUUUUGAACAGUGUAUCAGCUGUGCUUGCUUCUGGGACACUUUUUUCUACGUCGGUAGUGCUGCCCUCUAUAUUUACAAUACUUACAGGAAGCUGGAGGUUACAUCAGUUCGUACAGCUGGAAGCUGAUAUAAAAUGGCGGCUUGUUCUUUUCUGCUGGCAUAUUCUAGCAGUCUCACUCUUCUGUCUUAUAUUCACUAGAGUCAGACUAACCCUUCAUAAUGCCCUGAAGGAAGGAAAGAAAUCCAUGAAACAGAAGCAGAAAAUCCACAAACCUUCGAACUACCAGAUAACGAUAGAGAGGUCGAUAACCAGCGAAUCCGAGGAUUCGUUAAAUGGCUCAACAGCAAGAAAAGGGGAUCUCCGAGGAGGGGAGGAAGGUGGGGAGGGUCGGGAGGGAGUAGAACGGAUUGAAAGAGUUUCUCCUCUAGAAGAGUUUAAUACACUCUACAGAAAUAAGGAUAUGGUUCGGGCAUCCAUUAAACUUAAAGAAAGCAAUGUCAUUUAG